AUGCAGAAAGUCAUUCGCCGGACCGCGCUCGCCCGCAAUCAGGCUAAGCGAAAGGCGAUUCUCGCAAACAAGCAGGCUCGACGCGAAGACCUCAAGGACAGCCUGCGCCAACGGUUCGCCUUUAACCGGAUCGAAAUUGACAAUGUCCGCGCUGAACGACUACGGCGCCGCGAGGAUUGGAUGCGGGGACCGCUUGCGCCGCAGCGGGAUGCAGGACUUGCUGGGCAGAGUUUCGGGGCGCUGAAUCCCUAUGCGAUGAAGCCGCCGGCCAUUCCAAAGCAUCUGCGGAGGAAGUUUAUCAAUCUUGCUCCAGGGGAUCGUGUUUGUAUCAUGAAGGGCAGGGAUAAGGGGCAGAUCAAUGAGAUUGUUCGGGUUGAUCCCGAGAAUGAGACUGUUACCGUCAAGGAUCUCAAUAUGUCCGAUGUUCACUUCCCCGAGUGGCUCAGCGAGCAAUACGGCAACACGUCCUCCUUCCAAACCAUCCCCCUCCCCAUCCCCAUCGACGACGUCCGUCUCGUUGUCGCCCUCGACGACCCAGUAACAGGUCAAACCCGCGACGUCCUAGUUGAGCACGUAACUGCUGGUGCACCCUACCUCGAGCGAGAACACGGCCUCGACAUCCCCAAACACACCCGCUACAUCGCCGGCGAGAACAUUGAGAUCCCCUGGCCGCGGCCAGACCCGGCAAACCUCAAAGACGAGCCCCUGGACACCCUCCGUAUGGAAGUCGAGACACCAACCUGGGUGCCCUCGCUGCGAAACGCACCCUUCCCUUCUAGCGUUCUUGACGAGUUGAGAAACAAAUACUCCAAAUACCGUACACGACACGACCCCGAAUACGUGGCGAAGAAGCACGUCGAGGAUUUGAAGAAAGAGUACAUACAGAAGAGCUACAUGACGCCAAAGGAGCAACUCAGGGCCCAACACCUUGAGAGGGAGAAGAUUCUUAAUUCACAGAGGAAGAACGGAACGCUAAAGGCACAUCUUAGCCCCGCGACAGACGCGUUUAUCGAGAGGUACAUGAAGGAGCAUACGCCAGCGCCGAUUUUGCAGAAGUUGACGGCGCAACCUUCUUCUUGA